UAUUCAAAUUUAAUUCCAAUAUCAUGUUUGUUGAUGCUAAAAGUUAACAAAAUAACACAUAGAACCCAACAGUUUUAUCGCCAAUACUUGAAUAUUUGUGGUAGAAAAAUGUGAUAUAUUUCUAGAAAGGAAGAAGAAUUGAUUUAACAAAUGACUAUAACGAUAUUGAAUUGUAAAUUUGAAUAAUAUUUGUUAUCCCGGUAUUAUACACAAUAUAACUUUCUACAGAUAAAAUCAUUUCCUCCAACAAUGAAGAGUAUCCGGAAAAUGUGAAACAGGGAAGCUUUUAGUCUACGAGUGUGUGUAAUAAUGAUGAGGACAUUGUUUAUAUAUGGACGAAUUUUCGUUAUUGCUCGGAAUACCGGCUUAUUGAAGGGUACAAAUCAUACAAGGGUAUAUCAUACGAGGGUAUAUUAGAAGUGAAAUAUAAUCAGACAUGGGUCAAUGUUUGCUUUGAAAACGUAACUGACACGGAUGCUGAACAUAUAUGUAAACAAGUUACACGAGAGGCAGUACAACUAAAAGAACACAAAUACGGUGAUGACGUGUUCAGGAAACGUGUACGUGAGAAAAGGAGCAUAUUUUACCGGCGUUGUCAAGAACGUAUGUCUUCUGAAAAUAGUGAAAUUUACAACUACCAAUGUAACAAUGUAUUAAGCAUUUGUUGUUAUAAUGAUGAGUACCCAGACCCAUGUAGUAACAACUGGAGUGAAACUGUGGCGUCACCCUGGUUUAAAACAGCAAGACGCAAACGCAAAAGUGUACAGCCUGGAUACGAUCAACUUCUCAAAUAUAACUAUACAGACAUAAACAUAAUGAAAUCAUGGACAAAAUCUGCUCUUAAAGAGAUUUGCUAUCAUCAAGAAACAAACAACAGUCAUGAAGGAAACUUUAAUUGUUCAAACACGUGCGACGUGAUACAAGAUCUGGUCUUCGUGAUGAUUAGCACACAUAAUAAAACAUGCUGCAUGUCAGCCAAAGACUAUGAAAACGUCAAAAGAAACGUUUGUUCGGUCAAAAACCUUACAGUUGUUGAUGGACCAAUUGCUGAGGAUAUACAAUGUCUCCAGGAGAAAUGUGAUGAACGAGACACAACCAACAGCCACAAAGGAAGUUAUAAUUGUUCAAACAUGUGCAAUGUGACCCAAGAACUGGUCUCCGUGAUGUUUAGCGCAGAAAAUAAAACCUGCUGCAUGUCAGCUCAAGAGUAUGAAAAAGUAAAAAGAGGCGAUUGUUCUGUCAAAAACCUUACAGUUGUAGAUAGACAUCCCACAAAGGAUGUUACGACGGGAUGUGUUCAGGAGAAAUGUGACCAACAAGAAAAAACUGAAAGUCAUACCGGAAGUUUUAAUUGUUCAAACACGUGCAAUGUGACACAAGAUCUGGUCUUUGUGUUGUUUAGCACAAACAAUAAAACUUGCUGCAUGUCAACAAAGGAAUAUGAACAAGCAAAGAAAGACAAUUGUUCUGUCAGAAAACUUACAGUUGAAGAUGGACCAGUUUCUAAGAACUUUACGCUACGAUUUUGUUUAGCUGCUGAAGUGAUUAAUGGGACGUUGUCCGUGGCAAUAGAAGAGUGUAGCCGCUACUAUCAGUCGUUCAAUAUCUCGGUAGAUCGGGAAAAAAAGAUUAGGACAAAAAGCAAUACGACAGAGAGAAGUAAAAGUAUAACAACAGGGGAAUCACAGCAAACAGACGCUGAUGCUGCAACUAAAAUUGAGCCAUUUAACACGGUGUUUAUUGCGGUAAUAGUUACUGUGUCUAUUUUUGUUGGAGCGUGUGUGGUGUUCGGUGUUAUAGUUUGUCGUAAAUUCAAAAAAAUUGAAAAAGUUCGCGAGAAGCAGCGGCCAAAUUCCGUUGUUAAUCGAGGAUAUGCCAUGGAGGUGUUUUCCAAUCAGCCGCAGUUAGACGAUGAAGAAUACACUUUAAUAUCAGACAUGGAAGUUCAAAAUAUUUCAGCUGAGCAAUUCAUUCCUAAACUUCCUGAUCGCGUUGUUGAAACUGACAAUAGAAUGAGAGAUAAAAAAGCCGUCAAAGAGUCGGACGUAAUAACAAUUGCAGAGUACGGUGUUCCUUCAGAUAAUAUUAGAGCCGAGUGUAAGAUCUCACAAACUUCAAACUAUUACAUGACAACGUAUGACGAUCCUAUUCGACUUAAAAGAAAAGAAGAACUUGAUAAUAAUGAUAAGUAUAGUUGUAAAGAUGACAAUAUGCAUUCUAAUGGUUCAGAGUUCGACAAAAGGGAAAGUGAAACAAAUGUAGUACAUUUAAAGAGACAUUCUUUCAACAGUAAUGUAGUUGAUAUACAUAAUGAUUCAGCAGCAGAUGAAAAAAGGUCCCCAGAAACGCGUGCAUUUAGCUUGACAGAGAAUAACGUUAUCAGUGGUAAACUUGACUCUACACAGUCUGUUAAAUCAGUACGUUCAAAACAAGAUGAGGAUGGGUAUGAAGAUGGUUUUGCACCGUUGAAACAGAUUCCAGUUACUGACGAAUCUAAGAAUGAUGGUGAUCUUGAACCUGAAUUAGAGAAUAAUACGAGUAAGUGUGAACAGAACAACGCUCAUGAUGGCGAUGACUAUGAAGAUCCAGGGCUGAUUGAUGGUAAAUACCGCAGCAACUAUCCACCUAGCAAAUUAUUUGAGGAGCAUGUAUGCCUAUCAUGUCUUAAGCCGGAGCAUUUGACACAACUUGGUAUUAAGAUUAUUACAGAUGAUAUGUACGAGAAAAGUAAAAACGUGCAAAGGUGUUUAUCCGACCCCGUGCCAAGAUCCUACUCUCGAGAAAUCGACAUUGACGGUUCUUGCUUUAGUGAACCCGACCGAAGCAAUCAUCCUAAACAGAAAGAUAUUGCUGAUGAUGAACAAGCAGACACCUUACAACAAUUACAUGUUGAGAAGAGAAAAAGAACUGGUUUAAAUACAAGACGAUGUAGCGUCUGUCAUACAAUAUAUGACCAGCUCGGAAAUGUUAAGCUAAAUGUUUGGGCUAAAUGUACAGAUAAUGUGUAUGACCAGUUUGGUAAUAUAAAACAUUUCCAACAUCGGAAACAAAUCGGCGGGAAAAGGAUGAAUUCAAAUUGACGGAAACAAGUUUUAGAGAAAUAAUACUAACAUAAUUACUAAUUUAUCACUUUUAUAUUAUCUAAAAUGUUCAUGUAUUAAAAUUGUUGUAAAAAAUAUACGGUAGGGGAUAAACAAUGUAUGUAUCUAAACGUGUCUUGUCUUCAUAAUAUCAAAAUCUAUUUAUGUCAAUUAAUGUGUUUGCUUCAAUUAUUUCAGAUGUCUUUGUCAUUCUGUUAUCAUUAACAUCAGAUUCAUAUAUUUUAAAUUCAUAUUUGCAAUUGUCAUGUUUUUUAACCAGAAUAGAUAUUUGAAAUUGU